AUGGGUAGUUCUAGCAACAAUAAUAAGGUAGGGUGCAGUUUGGAAUUUUUUUUGUUUUGUAAAGAAAGUUAUUGCCAUUUUUUGUUUUGUAAAGAAAGUCCUUGCCAUUUUUUGUUUUGUAAAGAAAGUUUUUGCUAUUUUUUGUUUUGUAAACAAAGUUCUUGCGUUUGUAGCUUAAAUUAUGAUUUUUCUGUAUUUUCUGUGGAAUUUCGCGUAAUUUUGCAUAAUUUGUGUUACUUUUAGUCUAUUUCGUGAUUUUCCAAUAAUAUUUGUGGCUUUUUGUCACAUUUUUUUUAUUCCUAGUUUUGUAAAGAAAGUUUGUGUUUUUCGACCACCUAAUCCGUUUCCAAUAUUUUUUGUGGCUUUUCGUUACAUUUUUCUAUUUUUAGUUUUGUAAAGAAAGUUUCUUCAAUUUCUACUCCACUUUUUAAUUUUCCAAUAAACGGUUGCUUUUUGGCAGAUUUUAUCUAUUUUGAUCCUUGUAAAGAAAGUUCUUGCGUUUUGAGCUUGCUUACCACUUUCCAAUAUCUUUUGUGGCUUUUCGCCACAUAUUUUCUCAAUUUUUAAAAUUUUUUAUUUUUAGAAACGAGCAGUGACAAGUCGACGUAGAAAUAGUAAUCAAAGAACUGGUAGUCAGCAGAACAAGCUUCCCGAGGAAGGGAAACGAACGCCCAGCAAGCGGAACGGCAAACUCAGGACUGGCCAGGAACGGCGGAGUAAAGGUAUGGAAACAAAGUUUUUGCUGUUUUCUUAUUUGUAAAGAAAGUUCUUGCCAUUUUUUGUUUUGUAAAGAAAGUUCUUGCCAUUUUUUGUUUUGUAAAGAAGGUUCUUGCCAUUUUUUGUUUUGUAAAGAAAAUUCUUGCCACUUUAGAUAACAAAGAAGACAAAGAUCCCACAAUCGAAAACGACAAAAUAGAAGAUGAAGUGAGGAAAGAAGAAAAUAAAGAACAACCGCCAGCCGAGAAAGACAAGGACAAAAAGGAGUUGAGAGGCAGAAAAGCACCACCCCAUUUCAAGCCUGGUACUCUACUCAACAAUCGAAUCAAAGUGGAACGACUCAUGGGAGGGGGAGGUUUUGGGCAGGUCUUUAAGGCUGUGGAUACGGUAGGUGGAGGGUUUUUUGAUCAUACUGUACGCUUACAGUAAAGUUGGGCAGGGUAUGAUGUGGUAGAGUAUGUUAGGUUAGAGUACUGUAGUAGGUUAGGGUUGAGUAGGGUAGGGUGAGUAUGGUAGGAUUGAUUAAGGGCUACUGUAGGGAAGGGGGAGAGAAGGUGGGCAAGUUAAUAUUAGGUAAGUUUGGGAAGAGGGGGGGGGUGUAGGGGGUACUAUAAGAAGUAAGGAGAGUGCUGUAGGAACGUUAAUUAUAAUUGUAUGCUAUUGUAGCGUUGUAUUAGGUAGAUGGGGGUAAAAUUGGGUUUAGUAUGAAGGGAAGGUUUCUUGAGGGUACAGUAGGGUAAGAUAGGGCACGCCCAUAGUAAAGAAGGGCAGGAUAAGGUAGGGUACUGCAGGUUUUAGUAGAAUAAAGUAAAGUGGGGUAAUGUGGGUAGAAAAGGGUAGGAUAGGGUAGGGAAAAUUAGGGCCAGCUUUUCUAGUACAGGUUACUGUACUACUGGUAGGGUAUGAUCUUUUAAAAUUUUUGUUUUCCAGCACCACGAAGAUCGAGAAGUGGCAGUAAAGGUCGAGCCGACUGACAAAGAAUCCGGCCGAAUGAUCCUAGAACAAAAAGUUUUAAAUUUGCUACGUGGUACCAAACAUGCUCCUUUAUUGGUAAGUUGUCUUCUUUUAUUGACAAUUUGUGAGCUUUUUCAACUUCUUUAUCGUUUUUCACUUUUUUGUCGUAUAACUUGUCUCUCACGGUCUGCACAAUGUAAAAUACGUCGUUAUCUUUGGUGUUAUAAGUAUAAAGGAUGAUAACUUAAAAUAACGGAUUUUAGAUAGCCAGUGGAACUCACGACAACUACAUGUACAUUGUAAUGGAAUACCUCGGCCGAAACUUGAACGAUCUACGUCGAAGAAUGCCAAAGCGCCGCUUCACUCCACAGUCUACCAUACGGUCGUGCAUUCAGGUAAUUUUACCUUGCUCUACCCUACCCUACCCCGAGCUCACCGUUGCUUAACUUGCCAGAUCGGACGUUUUGCACUGUGCAAAGAAAGCAAAAGGCUUUGCACAGUGCAGAAAUUAAAGUUUUGGCAAGAACUUUGUUUACAAUGGUAAAAAAUGGCAUUUUUCUUCUACUAUCGUAAUAUAUCAAUGGCGUACCUCCAGGGCCGGGCGCGAGGGGGGGGAGGGGGGGAUGGGGGCGGCGGGCACCCCCCCCAGAAAAAAAAUUUUCGAAAAAAGUUGUACGUGGUCCCCCCCCUUUGGAUUUUUUUAGACCCCUGCCCCCAGACCAAAAGUCCCCGCCCGGCCCUGCGUACCUCUAUAUCCUUACUUUUUUACCUUGAUCAACCUUAAUAUCAUCAAUAAUAUUCAAAUUUCAGAUGGUAUCAGCCCUAAACGCAGUCCACCACAUUGGCUACCUUCACCGUGACGUAAAGCCCUCGAACAUGUGUGUGGGACACGGCGAUGUGAGGGCACGUCGGAACGUGUUUCUGGUCGAUUUCGGAAUGACACGCAAAUACAUGAACGAAGCCGGCACGAGACGAAAGGAACGACAGUACGCCGGCUUCCGCGGCACACUACGCUACGUGAGUAUUACGGUACACGAGAGGCGAGAACAAGGUCCAUGUGAUGACUUGUGGUCAUUACUGUAUUCGAUGAUAGAGCUGGGUGAAGGAGCAUUACCGUGGAGACAUAUUGAAGAUGAUGAGGACAUGAGUCUGAAGAAGAAGAAGACCCCCAUUGGGGAGAUGCUCAUGUAAGUGAGGUUGUAGAGUAGAGUAGGGUAGGGUAGGGUCGGGCAAGGUGGAGUAGGGUACGGUAGGGUAGGAUAAGGUAGGGCAAGGUAGAGUAGGGUACGGUAGGGUAAGGUAGGGUAGAGUAUGACAGGGUAGGAUACGGUAGGGUAGAGCUUUUUCAAAUUUUUCAAAUUUCAGGCACUUGCCGAAGGACUUUAAACAAUUCGCCGAGCAUUUACAAUCACUAACCUAUGACUCCACCCCAAAUUACGACCUCUUGAUUAGUACGUGCAAGAAAGGACUACCGGCUGAUAUUAAUGAUGACUCACCAUUGGAUUGGGACGGCACUGUAGUGAACAGUCAGAGCUUGGAACGGGAUUCUGAAUAA